AUGGGCCGGCCCGCGGGACGCCCCGAGCGCUUGUGCCGGGGGCUGCUGGCGCUGCUGCUGGCGCUGGGCCGCCUGGCGCCGCCGCUGCUGGCCAAGAGCCUGGAGCCGGUCUCCUGGAGCGCCGCCAACACCAACUGCCUCCGUCCCGGGGAGAAAAUAGCGCCGCCGAAAAUAGCUCCUGCGUGGAGGCCGCCCGGCCGCCUUUCCCCGCCGACCCUCGCCCGGGCGGCUGCGAAGAGUUCCCGGGCGGCGGCGGCGGCGGCGGCCUCCGUGCCUUUGGAGCGCGGACCGGGCGGGGGCCCGAGCGUGCCCCCCUCGCCGGCCGUCUCCUGGGAAGAGCGGCCGGCAAGUCCCUGCCCUGAAAGGAGGUGGAAGCGCCUCUCGGUUCCCGGGAGCUGCGCGGCAUCCCCUCCGCAGACUUUCCGCUGGGAUUCCGCUCUCGGGGAGGAGGCCACGUCCAAUGGGUCCCUCGAGGGCUUGGAGAACAGAGAAGGCGGAGUGUGCCAAACACGCUCCAUGAAGAUCAUCAUGAAAGUGGGACAGGAUCCCAAUGCGGUGAUGCCAGAGCAGCUGACCACAAGCCAGCCCACCAAGGAUUCAGGCAGCGCGGGGAACGUCGCCACGCAAAGCCCCCAUCACAGAUUCCCCCCUGUGGUGGAGGUCCCAGGGAAGCCAGACCCUGUUAACCAAGAUGGCCAGGAUACCCAAAGACCUACCGACGGAUUCUUCAGCUCCAAGGUGGCCGUGUUUGCUGCGAUCGGGGCUGGCUGUGUCAUUUUCAUCCUCAUCCUCAUCUUCCUCAUCGUCCUUCUCAUCAAGAUCCGAAAACGGCACCGGAAGCACACGCAGCAGCGGGCGGCAGCCCUGUCACUCAGCACCCUGGCCAGCCCCAAGAGCAGCGGCAACGCCGGCUCCGAGCCCAGCGACAUCAUCAUCCCUUUGCGGACUACGGAGAACAACUACUGCCCUCAUUACGAGAAAGUCAGCGGAGACUACGGGCACCCGGUCUACAUUGUCCAGGAGAUGCCCCCGCAGAGCCCGGCUAACAUUUAUUACAAGGUUUGAGGACAAACCUUGCUGCCCCACUGCGAAGCCCUCCGGGUGCCAGGGGAGAAGAGGAGGAGGGCCUGCCUGCCCCCUCGAGCACUUCCCUCCCUCGAUUAGCAUUUAGCCUUGUAGUUUGAAGCUUUUCAGACCCAGGAUUUGAGGGUGUGUGUGUGGGGGUGUCCUCUUGUCCCACCUUCUGCUCCCAGCCUGCUUUGUGGCCCUCACUUGGGCUCUGUGCCUUUCUCGCUCUUGAACCCACCCGGGAAACCCCAAGAUGGCCACCGCCACAUUUUGGGGGCAGAUUUUCUGGCUCCUUGUUGCCAUUUUGUUCGGGGGGGGGGGGCAUUGUUGGGAGGGAAGCCACACCCAGCCUGGCACCCCAAAGGAGGGAGGGCAUGCCAGUCCCCGCGGGGCAGAGCUUUGGGACGUGCUGAGAAAGGAGUCUACCUAGCCCCAUCUUUUAUAUAUAUAUAUAUACAUAUAUAUAUAUAUAUAUAUAAUUCUAAAGUAUUUUUUGUAACUUUUUAAAAAAUGGUGAAAGAUUGGACUUGUGAGCUGCCUCCUGCAGUUUCCCAGCACAAGCUCAUCUGCGGUCCUUCCCUGUCCCUCCGUCCCCCGUCCUGCCUCGGGCCUCAUCCACCCAUCAUCCCACUGGACACUCAUCUCCUCAUGCUCCGUGUCUGCUGUGAGAAAGGCGCACCUUUCUUCGUUUUGGUUUCUUUUUGCUAAUUUAUGAAACAAAUUUU